UAAAUAUGGUCCUUCUGGACAUUUGUUCAACAUUUGAGAACUUUUCUUUUAAAGGUUCAGGAGCAAGUACAUCCCACUCUCUCAGCCAACGAAGAGUCUCUCUAUUACAUUGAAGAGCUGAUUUUUCAGCUGCUUAAUAAAUUGUGCAUGGCCCAACCACGGACUGUUCAAGAUGUGGAGGAACGAGUUCAAAAGACCUUUCCUCAUCCAAUUGAUAAGUGGGCUAUCGCUGAUGCACAAUCUGCUAUAGAGAAAAGAAAACGAAGAAAUCCUCUUUUAUUACCUGUGGACAAAAUUCAUCCUUCACUGAAGGAAGUUUUAGGGUACAAAGUAGACUACCCUGUGUCCUUAUAUAUUGUGGCUGUACUAGAAUAUAUCUCAGCUGAUAUUUUGAAAUUGGCUGGUAAUUAUGUUUUUAACAUUCGACAUUAUGAAAUAUCACAGCAGGACAUUAAAGUGUCAAUGUGUGCAGAUAAGGUUUUGAUGGACAUGUUUGAUCAGGAUGACAUAGGUUUGGUUUCUCUCUGUGAAGAAGAACCUAGUUCUUCAGGUGAAUUAAACUACUAUGAUCUUGUGAGAACUGAAAUUGCAGAAGAAAGACAGUAUCUUCGGGAACUAAAUAUGAUCAUAAAAGUGUUUCGAGAAGCCUUUCUUUCGGACAGAAAGCUGUUUAAACCUUCUGAUAUUGAAAAGAUUUUCAGUAACAUUUCCGAUAUACAUGAAUUGACUGUGAAACUUUUAGGUUUGAUUGAAGAUACAGUUGAAAUGACUGAUGAAAGUAGUCCUCAUCCCUUAGCUGGCAGUUGUUUUGAAGAUUUGGCAGAAGAACAAGCAUUUGAUCCUUAUGAAACAUUGUCACAGGACAUUCUAUCACCAGAGUUUAAUGAACAUUUCACUAAGUUGAUGGCCAGACCUGCAGUUGCUGUACACUUUCAGUCCAUUGCCGAUGGUUUUAAGGAGGCAGUUCGUUACGUCCUUCCUCGCCUUAUGCUAGUGCCAGUCUAUCACUGUUGGCACUAUUUUGAAUUAUUAAAGCAAUUGAAAGCAUGUAGUGAAGAGCAAGAAGACAGAGAAUGUUUGAACCAAGCUAUUACAGCUCUCAUGAAUCUCCAAGGUAGUAUGGACCGAAUUUACAAGCAGUAUUCACCUAGACGGCGACCUGGGGAUCCUGUGUGCCCUUUUUAUAAUCGGCAGUUAAGAAGCAAGCACCUGGCUAUCAAAAAAAUGAACGAAAUUCAGAAAAACAUAGAUGGAUGGGAAGGCAAAGAUAUUGGACAGUGUUGUAAUGAAUUCAUUAUGGAAGGACCAUUGACUAGAAUCGGUGCUAAACAUGAACGGCAUAUUUUUCUCUUUGAUGGCUUAAUGAUUAGUUGUAAACCUAAUCAUAGCCAGACCCGGCUUCCAGGUUAUAGUAGUGCAGAAUACAGAUUAAAAGAAAAAUUUGUCAUGAGGAAAAUACAAAUCUGUGAUAAAGAAGAUACUUGUGAGUGCAAACAUGCUUUUGAAUUAGUAUCUAAAGAUGAAAACCCUAUAAUAUUUGCUGCUAAGUCUGCUGAAGAGAAAAAUAAUUGGAUGGCAGCCCUUAUUUCUCUUCAUUAUCGUAGUACUCUAGAUCGAAUGCUAGAUUCAGUAUUAUUAAAAGAAGAAAAUGAGCAACCACUGAGAUUACCAAGUCCAGAAGUAUAUCGUUUUGUUGUAAAAGACUCUGAGGAAAAUAUUGUAUUUGAAGAUAACUUGCAAAGUCGAAGUGGAAUCCCCAUUAUUAAGGGAGGAACUGUGGUGAAAUUAAUUGAAAGAUUAACAUAUCAUAUGUAUGCAGAUCCCAAUUUUGUUCGUACUUUUCUUACUACAUAUCGUUCAUUUUGUAAACCACAGGAAUUGCUAAGCUUACUGAUUGAACGAUUUGAAAUUCCAGAGCCAGAACCUACUGAAGCAGAUAAACUGGCAAUAGAGAAAGGGGAACAGCCAAUCAGUGCAGACCUUAAAAGAUUUCGCAAGGAAUACGUUCAACCAGUACAACUGAGGAUCUUAAAUGUGUUUCGGCACUGGGUUGAACACCAUUUUUAUGACUUUGAAAGAGAUUCGGAAUUGCUCGAAAGACUGGAAUCCUUCAUUUCAAGUGUAAGAGGGAAAGCUAUGAAGAAAUGGGUAGAGUCAAUUGCUAAGAUCAUCAAAAGGAAGAAGCAAGCUCAGGCAAAUGGAAUAAGCCAUAAUAUUACCUUUGAAAGUCCACCUCCACCCAUUGAAUGGCAUAUUAGCAGACCGGGACAGUUCGAAACAUUUGAUCUCAUGACACUUCAUCCAAUAGAGAUUGCACGUCAGCUCACACUUUUGGAAUCUGACCUCUACAGGAAAGUCCAGCCUUCUGAACUUGUUGGGAGUGUAUGGACCAAAGAAGAUAAAGAAAUAAAUUCUCCAAAUUUAUUAAAAAUGAUUCGCCAUACAACAAAUCUCACCCUCUGGUUUGAAAAAUGCAUUGUGGAAGCAGAAAAUUUUGAAGAACGGGUGGCAGUACUAAGUAGAAUUAUAGAAAUUCUUCAAGUUUUUCAAGAUUUGAAUAAUUUCAAUGGAGUAUUGGAGAUAGUCAGUGCAGUAAAUUCAGUGUCAGUGUACAGACUAGACCAUACUUUUGAGGCAUUGCAGGAAAGAAAACGGAGAAUUUUGGAUGAAGCUGUGGAAUUAAGUCAAGAUCACUUUAAAAAAUACCUAGUGAAACUUAAGUCAAUUAAUCCACCUUGUGUGCCUUUUUUUGGAAUAUAUUUAACAAAUAUUCUGAAGACUGAAGAAGGGAAUAAUGAUUUUUUGAAAAAGAAAGGGAAAGAUUUAAUCAAUUUCAGUAAGAGGAGGAAAGUAGCUGAAAUUACUGGAGAAAUUCAGCAGUAUCAGAAUCAGCCUUAUUGCCUACGGAUAGAACCAGAAAUGAGGAGGUUCUUUGAAAACCUUAACCCCAUGGGAAGUGCAUCUGAAAAAGAGUUUACAGAUUAUUUGUUCAAUAAGUCACUGGAAAUUGAACCUCGAAACUGCAAACAGCCACCUCGAUUUCCAAGGAAAUCAACUUUCUCCUUAAAAUCUCCUGGAAUAAGACCUAAUACAGGCCGACAUGGCUCUACCUCAGGCACUUUACGAGGUCAUCCAACACCAUUAGAAAGAGAACCAUGUAAAAUAAGCUUUAGUCGGAUUGCUGAAACUGAGAUCGAAUCAACAGUGUCAGCACCAACCUCUCCAAAUACACCAUCUACUCCACCAGUAUCUGCUUCUUCAGACCUUAGUGUAUUUUUAGAUGUGGAUCUCAACAGUUCCUGUGGCAGCAACAGCAUCUUUGCUCCUGUGCUGUUACCACAUUCAAAGUCUUUCUUCAGUUCGUGUGGUAGUUUGCAUAAAUUAAGUGAAGAACCACUGAUUCCUCCUCCUCUGCCUCCUCGAAAAAAGUUUGAUCAUGAUACUUCAAAUUCCAAGGGAAAUAUGAAAUCUGAUGAUGACCCUCCUGCUAUUCCACCAAGACAGCCCCCUCCUCCAAAGGUAAAACCCAGAGUUCCUGUUCCUACUGGUGCAUUUGAUGGGCCUCUGCAUAGUCCACCUCCACCACCACCACCACCACGAGAUCCUCUUCCUGAUACUCCUCCACCAGUUCCUCUUCGACCUCCAGAACACUUCAUAAACUGUCCAUUUAAUCUUCAGCCACCUCCACCGGGACAUCUUCACAGAGAUCCAGACUGGUACAGAGACGUUAGCACAUGUCCAAAUUCACCAAGCACUCCUCCUAGUACACCCUCUCCAAGGGUACCACGCCGAUGCUAUGUGCUCAGUUCUAGCCACAAUAAUCUUGCUCAUCCUCCAGCUCCUCCUGUUCCACCAAGGCAGAAUUCAAGCCCUCACCUACCAAAACUGCCACCAAAGACUUACAAACGGGAGCUUUCACAUCCCCCAUUGUAUAGACUGCCUUUGUUAGAAAAUGCAGAAACUCCUCAAUGACCUUAGCCAUAUGUAGUCAUUGACACUGGAAUGGUAUUUGUAAAGUUUUUUUUAAUUUAUUCAAAAAAGGCAUAGUAUUUUAGUACAUUUUACAAAUAGUACUCUUAUAAAAAUGCUACUGAUCAAAUAAGCUAUUAAAAAUUGGAAAAAUAAAAAUAACAAAAGUCCUUCACCACUA